ACCUCAUUUCGCACAUUCAGGGGGAGGGAGUGCCUGUUACAGGAGCAGACAGAUAAGCGUUCAUAUUCAGAGCCUGUCCCAGUCACCCAGGCUCUCUCUCUCUCUCUCACGCACACCCACACUCUGUCACGGAGUUACUGUGCUCUGACUCGCUCACUCUCUUCUGGAGUGCCUCACCGUGAAGGCGGCUCCCAGUCACUCGGCUUGUCUUGUUUUACAGCCUCAGCCCCUGGUUCCUGUCUCUUCACCGGACCAACAGCCUCCAGAACGAGAAAGAGCCUCUUCGCCACAAGGACUUAUUCUGCUACCAAACCCCAACAAGUUUGUGGAGGAACAGGGCUCGGUGGACAUGCUGCCGGGGUCUUUCUGGAUGUCUGCUAUCCUUUGUAUCUGUCAAGUCGGUGGGACAUAUGGAUUCUACAGACAGCACAACAAUAUCUGUGACAAUUUGGAUUGGUCAUACACCGGUCACUUAAAUCAGAAUAACUGGGUGAAGAAAUAUCCAAUUUGCUCCGGUCCUAAACAAUCCCCCAUCAAUAUUGAAGAUGGUUUUACUCAAGUCAACAUAAAUUUCCGAAAACUACAGUUUGAAGGCUGGGAACAUGAAUCCAGUGGAAAUACAGUCAUUCACAACAAUGGGAAAACAGUGGAAAUGAAUUUGACAGAUGAAUAUUACAUCAGUGGUGGUGGCAUGAAGUCCAGGUAUAAAGCAGGCAAGAUAAUGUUCCACUGGGGCAAGUGUAAUGCAACAGAUGGAUCAGAACAUAAAAUAGAUGGACAAAAAUUUCCAUUGGAGAUGCAGAUCUUCUGCUUUGAGUCAAAUCUUUUUGAAAGCUUUGAGGAGGCGGUGCAAGGACAAGGCAGUCUCAAAGUUCUGUCUGUCUUAUUUGAGAUUGGUCCAGAGGAUAAUAUGGAUUAUGAAAAUGUCAUACGUGGCGUGGAAACAGUUAGUCGAUGCGGAAAACGGGCUCUGGUGGAACCAUUCAUUUUACUGAAUCUUCUUCCAAACUCCACGGAUAAAUAUUACAGUUAUAACGGCUCCCUUACUAUACCUCCCUGUACAGAAACUGUCCAAUGGAUUGUUUUUAAAGAAACUGUUCCCAUUUCUGAAACUCAGCUGGCAGUUUUCUGUGAGGUGCUGACCAUGCAAAAGUCUGGCUAUGCUAUGUUAAUCGAUUACCUCCAGAACAACUACAGGGAGCAGCAGUACCAAUUCAUUGGACAGGUCUUCUCCUCCUAUUCAGGCACAGAAGAGAUUCAUGAGCCAGUUUGCAGUUCUGAACCUGAAGGCCUUCAAGCCGACCCAAGGAAUAAUGCCUCUUUACUUGUUCUGUGGCAAAGACCGAGAGUGGUUUAUAGUGCUGUCCUGGAGAGAUAUGCAGUGUUCCAUCAGCAAUUGGAUGGAGAAGACCAGACCAAACACCAGUUCCUGACAGAUGGGGAUCAAGACAUGGGAGCCAUUCUCAGAAAUUUAUUGCCAAACACAAGUUAUGUUGUCCAAGUGGUUGCUAUAUGCUCCGAUGGUUUGCGCGGGAAGUACAGUGACCGACUAAUUGUGGACAUGCCUAUGGAAUUUGAAGACCCAGAUUUUGGUGCCCUUUUCAAUUUUAAUGACACAUUUGAUGAUGCAGAGCCAACAGAAAGUAAUCCAGGGCAAUCAGGACCAAUUUUACUUGAAACUCACACAACGUCAGUAUUUAAUCAUAAAUGGAAUGAGAAGAGCGUGGAAGCUGAAAAUGAGAAAUCCAUAUCCAUCAAAGACAAAGAACAGAAUGCAAAUGCUGUUCCUAAUGAAAAGUAUUUUGUCAAGGGAAAUGAGGAAAUAACCACAAAGGUUGCCAUUCCUGAUAUUCUUUAUACCCCCUCCUUCUCUGCGGUUGGAACAAUAUCCAAGGAGAUACGUACUGCACUUCCCCAUGAAACCAUGAUGAUCUCUUCCAUAGCUGAGGACUCAGAUGAUUCUUCAGCGGUGGGACCCCUGGAAUUGGAUGAAAUUUUCACCAUCACCCACCAAGCAAGAAUUCCAGCCACGUCCAAAGAAACCCCGCACUUCAGUACUGCGACGGGAUCUGACAAUAUAUUCAGUGUACCCACCAUUGGCACCAGAAAUAUUCCUCGGGCUGUAACGCCUGAAGAUGGCCUCACAAGUAAUUCAACUCCCAAUUUGUUGCCUGAAACAAUGAUUGUUAUACCUCGGAUGGAUUCUGGUAAAGAGCAAAUGACAUCAGCCAGUGAAAGAACUAGUUCCCAAGAGCUCAGCACUGUUCCUGAUUCUGUCACUUCUGCAGCAACAGUCCACCCAGAUAUGGUAACCUCUUCCACCAACAAUGUACUUGCAUCUCGUGAGAUGUUUUCUGAAACUCUUCUUCCUCCUGACCAAGAGAUAUACCUCCGUAAUACUCCAGAUUCCAUUGACAAAUUAAAUACCUUGCGUAAAGAGAAGGAAAUCCAAGCUACCUCUCCUUACUCUACUGGUGAGAUGGUGUUUCAAACUACCACUGUGCCCUCAAACAGCGAAGUGUCCUUUCAUGCUACCUCUGCUUAUACCCAUGGUGAAGUACUGCUGCAGCCUACUCCCUCCUUAUUCAGUGCAUCUUUUUAUCAAUCUUCUGCUUCUGCUGAUAGUGAAGUGUUUUUUCAAAUGACAAGUCCUUUAUCGACCGACUCAAUGUCUCUGUGUGUGACCUUUGAUUCCCCUGCUCAUGAGACAUUUCCUCCUUCUGCCCAUAUUUUUCCUAGUAGUCAAAUGUUGCUUCAAGCUACUUCUGUUGCUUCUUAUGAUGAAGUGGGACCAUCUGGUUCAUCUCUACCAGCCAGUAUUGAUGUUCAAGCUACCCUUCCUUUAGCUAGCAAUGUGGUGUCUCUUCAUACUACCCCUGCUUCCUCCUCUACUGAGAAACUCCCUAAUGACCUUCAGAGCUCCUCUGAAAUUCCAGCAUUACUCAAUGUGACUUCUGCUGCAUCUAGCAGUGAGCUGGUGCUGCAUACCACUACUGCAACUUCUGUUGGUGACCUGUUGUUUGAAUCUGCCCUUCCUUUACCCAGUGGUGUGAUGUCUCUUCAAACUUACCCUAGUUCUAAAGAUAAUGAGAUAUUUCUUCAUGUUACUUCUGCUCUUUCCGACAGCCUGAUGUUGCCUUUGACUCCACCUGUUGUUCCCAGUGAUGAGACUUUGAAUGUUACUUCUGCACCCCUAGUUGCAGACAUGUUGCUUCAAGUGAUCCCUACUUCCUAUGAAAGCAAAAUGUCUUCAUAUGCUUCUCCUGUUUUUCCCAACAGUCAAAUAUCAACUGCAGCUGCUCCUGCUUUAUCCACUAAUGAAUUAUCCCUGCAAGCCACUGUUAGUGUCUUUGAUAGUACAAGAUCAUUGAGUGAUUCCGAAACUUUGAGGAAAAAUGAGACAAUGCUUUAUGUUUCCCUCAUGCCUUCCAGUGAUAAUGCACUCUCUUAUGUUUCCUCUACUGUUUCCCAUAACCAGUUUUCUGUUCCUACUAGCCUGCCAUUAUCAUUUGAUGAUGCAAUGCACGUUUCUGUUCCAGCGACAAGUCCCAGCAGUGAGCUAACCAUGCAAGGUUCUGCUGCUCCUUUGCCAGCUCCUUCAGUGCCUUCCUCUGUCACAUUGCUGAGUGAAAGUCAGGAUGGUGAACUGUGGUCUUCUGGUUCAGAAAUUGAUUUGUCAGAGGCAGAUGGUAGUGUUCCAACAACAUUUUACCCCAGAUCUGAGGAAGAAGGUCACUUAAAUGGGCAGAUAUUCAGCACUACAAAGGAGCAGAAUAGUCAGUACCCCCAAAUCCUAUCAGGAUCACCUGCAUCUUCUGAAGAAAACUCAUUCAUCACCACUACUUUUAACUUCAAUUUAACAGAUCCACAUGUGGACAGAAAUCAUUACAUGGCAACAAUACUGACACCAAAAGCAUCCACUGGAAAUCACAAAAGACCAACAAUAAUAGGAAGACAUAAUUGGACCACAACAGUAACUACGAAACCAUCCCCAUCAUACUCUAGGACUAGUACCUUCCUGACCACUGAAGAGGAGAGUGGUUCUGGCCAGAGUGCAUCUGAUAGUCUAACUGUUAAUGAAACUUCAGUGGUGUUAAGUUCCCUCGAGUAUAAUUAUAGAGCAUUAGACAGUACACCAGGCACAGGUAAAGCAGCAGAACCAAGGACGUCACUGCCUUCAGCUCCAUCUGUAACUAGUGGGCUUGAAACAACUUUGUUCAACAUUUAUGAGGCAGAGGCCAGUAACAGCAGCCAUGAGUCCCGUAUAGGUUUGGCAGUUGGGUUAGAGACAGAAAAAAAGGCAAUUAUCCCUCUUGUGGUGGUAUCAGCUCUCACCUUCCUAUGUUUGAUGCUGCUGGUAGCUAUCCUUAUAUAUUGGAGAAAAUGCUUUCAGACUGCUCAUUUUUACUUGGAAGAUAAUACAUCACCCAGAGUGGUUUCCACAUCACAAUCUCCAGCCCUACCUAUUUCAGAUGAAAUGGGAGCAAUUCCAAUCAAGCAAUUUCCUAAACAUGUUGCAGAACUUCAUGUAAAUAAUGGAUUUUCUGAAGAAUUUGAGAAACUGAGAGCAUUUUAUGAGGAGGUCCAAGGAUGCACUGUUGAUUUGGGCAUAACAUCAGACAGCUCUAAUCACCCAGACAACAAAAACAAAAACCGCUAUAUAAAUAUAGUUGCUUUUGACCAUAGCAGAGUUAAACUAGCCCCACUUGUGGAAAAAGACUCCAAGCACAGUGAUUAUAUCAAUGCAAAUUAUGUUGACGGCUAUGACAGACAGAAAGCCUAUAUAGCAGCUCAAGGGCCACUUAAAUCUACAGCUGCAGAUUUCUGGCGGAUGAUAUGGGAACACAAUGUGGGAGUUAUUGUUAUGAUUACCAACCUGGUAGAAAAAGGAAGGAGGAAAUGUGAUCAGUACUGGCCAUCAGAAAACAGUGAAGAAUAUGGAAACAUUCUGGUCUCACUGAAGAACACAAAAGUAUUGUCCUAUUAUACUGUUAGACAGUUUUCUAUUCGGAACACAAAGUUUAAGAAGGGAUCCCAGAAAGGAAGGCAGAAUGAUCAUACAGUAACUCAAUAUCAUUACACUCAAUGGCCUGAUAUGGGUGUUCCUGAGUAUGCUCUUCCUGUCUUAACAUUUAUACGACAUUCGGCAGCUGCUAAGACUAAUCUUAUGGGACCUGUCCUAGUUCAUUGCAGUGCUGGUGUUGGAAGGACAGGCACAUACAUUGUAAUAGACAGCAUGCUACAACAAAUCAAGCACAAAGGCACUGUAAAUGUGCUGGGAUUUCUCAAACACAUCAGAACACAAAGGAACUACUUAGUACAAACUGAGGAGCAGUACAUCUUCAUUCAUGAUGUCCUGGUGGAGGCCAUCUUUAAUAAGGAUACAGAAGUUCCAGCCAGUCAUUUAUAUGCCUAUGUCAAUGCUCUUCUGACACCAGGACCAUCAGGGAAAACAAAUCUAGAGAAGCAAUUCAAGUUGGUAAGCCAGCCUCAUGCUAAGCAAUGUGAUUACUCUGCAGCACUGAAGCUGUGCAAUAGAGGCAAAAACAGAAAUUCUUCUAUCAUUCCCGUGGAGAGAUCAAGAGUUGGACUCUCAACCUCAGCCACAGAGGGCUCUGAUUACAUCAAUGCUUCUUAUAUUUCGGGAUUUCAUCAGAGUAAUGAGUUCAUUAUAACUCAACAUCCACUGCCACAUACCACAAAGGACUUUUGGAAAAUGAUAUGGGACUACAAUGCUCAAAUAAUUGUCAUGCUGUCAGAUAACCAAGUGCUGACUGAGAAUGAAUCUGAGUACUGGCCAAGGAAGGAGGAAGCAAUGAAUUGUGAAACGUUUACGGUGAGCCUGAUCAACCAGAGCCAUCUUUGUCUUUCCAAUGAGGAGCAGCUCAUCAUCCAGGAUUUCAUUCUUGAGGCAACACAGGAUGACUAUGUGCUUGAAGUGAGGCACUAUCAGUCUCCAAAAUGGCCAAAUCCAGACGGGCCUAUAAGAAAAACCUUUGAGCUCCUCAACAUAAUACGAGAAGAAGCUGCUACAAGGGAUGGGCCAACUAUUGUCCAUGACGAACAUGGAGGAAUAACAGCUGGUACCUUCUGUGCUUUGACUAAUCUAAUGCAUCAACUGGAAAGUGAAGAUUCAGUGGAUGUUUAUCAAGUGGCUAAAAUGAUUAAUUUACUGAGGCCCGGUAUCUUCACUGAUAUUGAUCAGUACCAGUUUUUGUACAAAGCUGUUCUCAGCCUAGUCAGUACAAGGGAAGAUGAAAACCCUACAGCUACAUUGGAAACCAAUGGCAUGGCCAUGUCUGCCAAUGACUGUAAUGGAGCAGAAAGCAUGGAGUCUCUGGUGUAACAGUGCAAGGAAUAUCAUCACCAGCAGAGGCAAACAAGAAAAGCAACAAAAUCCUAUUUAAGAUCCUGUUAACUGUACAGGUAUCCAUUGCAAAAUCCUGGUAUCCACUUUGUGUCACUAAUGAACACUGGCUAGUGGGUGACUUUUACAUAAAAGAAUUGUUAGCAGAAAUUGUUUGUGCAGUGUGUGAAUGUUUCAUUUGCAUCACGCUGGCCCAACUGAUGUUCGCUGUAGUUGCAUUUUCAGCAUGUUCAGUGUCAAGUUCCAUGGUCUGCUUCCCGUCUGUAACAAUUUAAGU